AUGUCUUCCGCAUACGUAAAGCAGAAGCUUAAGCAGUCUCGCGAUGCGUUGGCCAAAAAGGAGUGGCAGGCAGCUGCCGAAGCUGCAACGAGCGUACUAGAGCAAGAAAGGUGUAACUACAACGCCAAUGUCUUUCUCGGUCUCGCCUUGCUGAACCAGGAAAAGUUUGACGAGUCAGAAGCAGCCUACAUCUCAGCAACACGCGAUCAACCAACACAGUUGCUAGCAUGGCAAGGGUUACAGAAAUUUUACGAUCAACGCAAGAGCUGGGACAAGUUGCGAGAUGUGCUUUACAAGCUCAUGGAUCUUUACAACGACGCAGGAGAUGCAACAAAGUGUGCGGAAACCCUACAGCGUCUGCUUGCGCUGGAACGAGAAGAAGGCGGGCGCAAGCGUGUGAUCGAUACUUUGGAACUGCUGCUUCCCGACUCCAAGUACUACCCCUGUAUUUCAACGCUAGACCCACCAGACCAGACCCAGCCGGAAAAGACAACCACCUUCGACACACAGAUGGCCAUUUAUGUCACGAGUCUGGACACACUGCUCGAAAUAAUCCACUUGUCCGAAAAGUGGGAGGCUGAUACCAUACAGAAGGAGGUAGAUAAGCGAAGGAUGCGUCUCGAUGGUGCUAACAAGGGCAAGGAGGCGCUCAUCAAAGAGGUCCGUCUAGAGGCUUACUCGGUUUCACGGCUUCCAUACUUCUACGAGCAGAUCUUAGCACAUCCCAAGGCAGAAGACGAGCUUCGAAUCGAGGUGGAAGCUAAAUUGCUACGACAUCGUUAUGCUCUUCUCACCUCGUUCCCACCAAAGCAACUGACAAGCGGCAACGCGCCUACAGGUACAGCAGCGGUGGACCGGCAGCAGCAAGAGAAGCAGCAGCAGGCCGAGCAACAGCAGGACGAGUCGAAGCGCGCUUUGCGAGACGAAGUCCUGAAGCUCGCAUCCGGCAUGGUCAUUAUUGGUCGACCUGACGAAUUGGCGUGGAGCAUCGAUCUCGAGUGGCGUCCGCUUUUCUCGCUUGCAGAUCUGAGACUCGAACUGAUUCGCAAGUUUGUCACACUCUUCCCACGAUCGGGUCGCACCAAAGCAUAUCGAGCCUAUUUGCUGCUGAUCAAGGACGAACAGUUCCUUCACGAAAUCAAGGAAGAGGAGGAACGCGCCGAUACAGAAAUCCCACUCCCUCAAAACCUGGACGACUUGCUCAACCUUGCCAUCGAUGGUCUCGAGGAAUGCCCUGACUCGAUUCUUGCCCAUCGCAUUGCUGCCACCUUCUAUCUUCUUGAUCACGACUUUCAAUCCGCUUCUGAGGUGGCAAGCUCUGCACUACACGUUGUCAGUCGCAUCGAGGCCGAAAGUGCUGUCGAUCUCGAGCAGUGUCGCAUCGGUAUCUCUAAGACACUCUUGUCAGCUCUCACCCACCUACAUCCGCCUCAGCAUCAUGCUCGUGCCUCUCGACUGGCUGAGAGCACGCUACAGGUGAUUUCUUCCGACAUCGAUACCCUAUUGGCUAAGGCCUACAUCGAACAGCGCUCAGAUCGGUGGGAAUCUGCCCGUACGAUAUUUGAAAAUGUGCGCACUCUCGUCGCUGCGCAAGAUUCCGGUGACUACAGGUAUCGCAUCGAGCGGCUCCUCUCGCUCAGCCACCAUCCCGACCAGGAAGCUUGGAUUGAAGUCGCAUGGUGUGAUGUCAACAUCGGCAAUUUGGAGAAAGCAAAGCAGGAAUUGGAGACGAUUCUGGAGAAAGUGGAUCCAGUCGCAUACCAAGGUGCAUCUGCCGGUCUGCGAGCCAAGCUUUGGUGGCGCCUUGGACGGUGCCUUUGGCUCAUGGGUGACGAGUAUCGCACCAAUCCCGCACAUGCAUUCACCGCUUUCAUCACAGCUCUCAAACGCAACCCUGCAUUUGCUCCCGCCUACACAUCUCUCGGCUUCUAUUACCAAGACGUGUUGGAACCGCCAGAUUUGGAACGUUCAAGCAAGUGUUUCCAGAAAGCUUUCGAGCUCGAUUCCCGCGAAGACGAAGCUGCUAGAAGACUUGCAGUCGGGUUCGCCGAGGAGCAAGAGUGGGACCUAGUAGAGGUUGUCGCGCGUAGAACCAUUGAGGGCGAAGGUGGCGCUGUUGUGAUUGGAGAUCACACAUCAGCAGCUCUGCACGCUUCGAGGCGACACCUUUCCCGCAAUGCGUGGGCAUGGAAAGCCAUCGGUAAUGUCGAGAUCGCGAAGAAGCAUUUCGAAGACGCUAUCCUCGCAUUUCAGAUCGCUUUGCGGGCAGACCCGGAUGACCAGGUCUCGUGGCAGAGACUCGGUCAAGCGUAUGCGCUGGCGGGAAGGCACAUCGCAGCACUCAAGUGUUUCGCCAAAUGCCUCGAGCUAGUCGAGGCCAAUGGCGAUCCUGAAGAUGACGGCUGGCAAGCUCGAUACAGCAUUGGCGAUGUGCACCUCGAGCUCGGAAACUUCUCCACAGCUGUCGAGACCUUUACCGACAUUCUGGCCAAGCAUCCCGACGAACUUGGUGUCAGGGUUGCGCUUAGCAACGCUUACUUGCUGUCGUCUCGGCAGGAAAAGGCAACAUGUUACAUUGAGCGAGCCGAGAGUUCGGCAAACAGAGCUAUACGAGAAGCAGCGCAUACUCUUCUCCACCACGACAAGCACUUACGCUCAGCAUGGAAGAUUGUUGCCGAUGCUGUUUUCCACCUCAGCAGGUUUGGCCGGCUGCGUCAAGCUGCCUCUUUGCUGACAGCCGAUGGUGGCGGAGAGCUAGGCCCGAUUCUUCGACUGGCAAGGGAGCUCGAGACCGACGCAAAGCUCCCUUCGAUCAGCGUUGUCACUUACGAAAAGUUGACUGUGUCAGACGGGGCCGCAAAGCUUUCUUCGUUCCGAUUGCUCCAGAUCAGCGUUUAUCUAUACAAACUGCGAGUCGUGCUCAAUGCUUCUGACGAAAAGGUUGCAGGCAGUGCCUGGGCCGACCUCGCUACGUCGCUCUACUGUGCCUCGCGAGACAUGCUCUUACCCUCGUCGCAGCCUUUCCUAUCGCCACCCGCAUCGUUAUCUGUUGUCGAUUUCGCGGAAAUGCAAAGCACGCAGGCUCGACUGCAAGCGAUUGGAUCGGUCAAGCAAGCGCUCCGACACGAACCUGGACAGGAGGCGUACUGGCUGCUUCUUGGCAACCUUACUUUCCACUCGUCGGUCAAGCUCGCCCAACACUGCUUCAUUCGGGCCAUCGAAAAUGCACCCAAGAGUGCCGUCGGCUGGACCAACCUCGGUUUGCUGUAUCUCCACCACGGAGACGUCGAGCUGGCCAACGAGAGCUUGAUCAAGGCGCAGACCGUUGAUCCCGACUACGGUGCUGCUUGGGUGGGGCAAGGGCUGAUUGCGCAGCAUUUUGGCGAUCACCGUGCCUCACGCGUUUUGUUUGAACAUGCCGUCUCACUGACCGAGGGCAGCGUGCAGGAAGCCGACUACUGUCUCGGUAAAGCCGUGUUUGACGCUUUCCGACGACACGCCGCUACAAAUGCAGCCGACUCGCGCAUUACAGAAGCGACGCUGUCAAGUGCAUCGUUCGCCAUGUCCGCUUACCUUUCGAUCUCACCUACCGACAUCGACGCUUUGCAUCUAUCUGCUCUCUUGUCAGAGAGGCUUGGACAGAUGGAUUUGGCUAUCGACCGAAUCUCAAAAGCAGCUUUGUUGCUGGAAGAGAGAUACGAGGCAACAGAGAUGAUCGAAGUGGCACACCAGUACGCAAUUGCCGAAUCGAAUCGCGGUCGGAUUCGUUUAGCAGCAGGAGACUAUCAAGGCGCAGCAAGCGCCUUCGAAGCAGCUGUCGGCCUUCUGGAUGGCGAAGACGACGAAGAGCAAUCCGAGAACGAUGAUGUAGCUGACGAAAAGAUUGACAGGCAACUCAUUCUGGACGCCAAGAUCCAAGCUCAGCUGGGCCUUGGACUAUCACGUCACUUCUCUGGCCAACACGAAGAUGCUCUCAUUGGCAUGCGCCAAGCAAUUACCACUGCGCAAACGAGCAGCUCAGGCACGACCUCUUUCGACCUAACGUUACAGUAUGCAAAGCUCCUGUGGGCCUGCAAAGGUAGCUCGGCCAUUGAAGAAGUUAAAACGCAGCUGUUUAACAAUAUCCAAUCUGAGCAAGGCACUUCGGUUCACGUCGCAUCGAUUCUGGCGCUUGCCGUGCUUGCGCUAGCUAGCCAAGACGCCGACUUGCUGGACGCAGCCGAAUCCGAGCUCGAGACUGUGCUGCAAAACGAGACGUGCAGUCUGGACACGGUCAUUAGACUGCUCGUCGCGAUCAAAUCGUUGUCUACCACGCAGCCUGCGUCGGCGCUCGCGCUCAUCCACGAUGCCAUCCAGACCACCAUCUCGCGCAGGGACAAAGAUCAACGCUCCCUGUUCCACCUUCACCUUACGUACCUGUCGCACGCGGUGCAGCUACUCGACACAGCACCGGAUUCACUGGCAGAGCAAGAAACCUCGGAAUUGUUGGCGUACGCCCAACUUACUCAGGACCUAUAUGAUACGUAUGCGCGCGUGUAUUACGAGGUAGAGAAGCAAGGGCCUAAAAUGCGCGUAUUGCUCGACAAGGUGAACGGCAAGGUCUCGGAUCAGUCAGGUGCGAAAAGAAAGGACGCACACGUCGAAUUGGCGCUGCUUGACAUGCCCUGGGUGUUGGCUGCGUAA